AUGCCAAGAUACGCAGCAACCCACCCCAGUGAGGAAAAUCUAUUCAAUAAUGGUGCUGUGAGAAAGGAUCAGAUGCUCCAUGUCGAUGGUGAUGCGGUGCCGCGUUUGAGGCUGAGGCGCGCUGAAGAGGUCUGCGUUGCCUUCGCUGUUGGCGCAUCCCGGCCCAAAGGCUGUCCGUUCCUCAAGUUGCCUUACGAGCUGCGAGCCCACAUAUACAAUUAUGUGCUGCCUAGCACAACAGACCAUCCGGAUCGUGGCAUCGUCUGGCUCCGAGCAACUGCAGCCAUAUGGGCCACGAACCGCCUGGUGUACAAAGAAUGCAUCAGGCUGAUGUACGGAAACCCCACCUUCCUCAUCGACAUCAGAUUCGAUAAGGCUGAGUUUCUCUACCAAUGGGUUCUCCCCCAAAGAUCAUUAGUACCAAAACGCGUCUUCAAUUUCCCAGAUCCGAUCGUUGCGCGCUAUAGGCCUUUGAUGCGCAAAUUCUAUGUCAGGGUCCAUCAGGUCGACAGCUACACGGGCAUGAUUAAGUACAACUACAGUAAUCCUGAGGUACUAGCUCGAGGUCUCAGGUGCCAAGUCAACAUCUUAUGCGCUUUCCUGAAAGAAAUGCAUGAGAUCCGCGAACUCCGCAUAAGCUACCAUGGAGGCAAUGAAGAAAGUCACACGAUCCUGCCGCUAGUUAUGGAUCCUUUCUGGCAACUGAAAAGGACUAAGAAAGUCACCGUGGAAGAUCCUGGGCUGGUAAAUGAGGCGCUUAGGACGAGGUUGCAGGAACAUCUUACGGAUGCUUACACAAAGAAUUCACUCAUGCGCCUCCCGUUGGAGCUGAGAGAGCAUGUAUACCGUCACGCGCUUCCGCAUACUUUGAGUACAGGAACGGGCGACAAGAAGGUCAUUACGUGGUAUCCAGGGGAUAUUAGCAUAUUGGGCACUUGCAGACAGGUCAAUGUUGAAGCGACGCGUGUGCUAUAUGCUACGAAUGAGUUCGAGUUCAGCUGGAUGCUUAAGUAUCCGUCGGAACAUGAUUGGCAGGAGGAGGUGUCGAACUGCUCUGACUACCUGGAGAGAUCCAAGUCGUGA